UUGACGUCACCAAAGUAGCGUCUGCUAAUAAAAUGGCGGCGGCGGAGAUUCAGAUAGUGAAUCCCUCUAAUUUAGCAAAAGUAGAAAGUUUUCUCAAUGACCCGAGUUAUAAAGAGAUUAUUGAGAACUCGUCAACGUUCAACUCGCGAUUAUGUGCGGAACGGAGGAUGCGUAUGCCGUUUAUCGACACACAGACCGGUGUCGCACAGAGCCACUGCAAUUUAUUUAUGACAAGAAGACAACGCAUGCCAGGCCAGAAAGAAGGACAAGUGUACACAUACCCAGCUCAGAGAUGGCGCAAAGCCCGCCGCCAGUACCUCACAAUGUCAUCAACACGAUGGGGUUGGGCCGGAGCACCAGACUCCUUGGAUGUCACCGGUGAAGGAGAGAACAGUUCCGGUGUCCCCGGAGAUGCACUAGCUGGUGAUGACAGCAGAGACGGCUCACAGACUGCUGCUAAAGAUGAUCCAAAGCACUCUUUGCCCCAGGAAUGGUUCUACGAUGAACUAGCAAUGGAGGAAAUGGAGACAGGUGAAGAGCCCGAAGCGGAGUCUGAUGAGGACUACUAUGAUGAUACGUACGCGAACAGGCGCAAGCGGCGCGGCGGGGCCACGCCGACGGGGCCCGGGUCCCGCGGGGGCCGCACGCGGAAGUCGCAGCCUGAUGAUACGCCCGCCAAGAGGGGCAGAGCUGGGCGAGGUCGCGGCAAGCGCGCACAAGGAACUCUUCCAUACGAGGUGCCCGGCGACAGCGAGAAACCUUUCGGCUGUGAACUAUGCGGUGCCAAGUACAAGACGCGACCGGGCCUCACGUACCACUUCACGCACACACACAAAGACCCGGCAGGGGCCGGGGCGGGUGCCGGCGCUAGUGACGGCGACUCUCGCGACUCACGGCCCGGGGCCCAUACGCCGCCCGCGCAUUCGUCGGCACCGAUGCAGCCAGCGACUGAAUAUCAAGAUAGCUACGUCACUUUCCUUAAUAAUCCCGCAGUGGGGACUGCUGGUCCACCCGUGCCUCCCGUGCGUCGGCCUUCGCCCCCGCCCAGGCCUGCGUCGGCGGACACGUCUAGUUCUGACUCGGCGCAUGUGCCGUUGUCGGCUGCCGUGCAUGCAGCGCCUUCAGCACCCGUGGCCUCGGCCUCCGCGACCCCUGAGGUCAAGGAACCUGGAGUUACUAAGGCGAAGGAGGCGUCACCAUCACCAUACUGCGACUUCUGCCUCGGCGAUGACCGUGAAAACAAGAAGACAGGCACUCCAGAACAGCUAGUCAGCUGCUCCGACUGCGGCAGAUCAGGUCACCCAACCUGCCUGCAGUUCACAGUGAACAUGAUCGUGUCGGUGCGCAAGUAUCGCUGGCAGUGCAUCGAGUGCAAGUGCUGCUCCGUCUGCGGGACUAGUGAUAAUGACGACCAGCUAUUGUUCUGCGACGACUGUGACCGCGGCUACCACAUGUACUGCCUGGCGCCGCCGCUGGACACGCCGCCCGAGGGCUCGUGGUCCUGCGCGCUCUGCCUCAAGGAGUUCCACAGCAAGCACUGAGCGGCAGGUAUUAAACAGAAAGGGCCGUGAGAGAGAUAGAUAGGUAGGUGAGAUAACGAAUUAUAGCGGCAGUAAGGUUCUAGGGUACAAGCAAGUGAUCAGAUAGUGUUGCUAUAAGUUAGCGGGACUGUAAACAGUGUUGCCAUAGUCUAGUGAGAUUGUGAGAUUGUAAGCGGGGGGGGGGACGGUACUGAAGUAUUUUGAUUUUUUUUGUAAUAUAUUUAUCUGUAGACCGCUAUAUGAUGGCCAUAUUUAUUCUUGUAAAUUGCUUGGUUUUCUAUGUAAAUAAAUAUUGAAAAAUAUCUUGUAUAGCAUAAAUAUGGAUUGUAACUUCAUACAACUUUCUCUAUUUUUUACAUAUUUAUCAAUAAUGCUCUACGUUCGAAAUGUUUGCUCCAACCCUAAUAAUUUUUGCUAAGAUUCAAACAAAAUAUAGUUAAAAACUUCAGUACUGUGAAUUCCCUCGCGAAAUUCUUCAUGUAAUCGUAUCGCCGAAUCAGCGUCACUACGUUUAGCGCUCUUUCUACCUCUACCGGUGCUUGCUUUAGUAUUUUUUAUUUAUUUACCUUUUUACACGCGACGCAGGGUUGAUUUAUUACGUAGAAUUUUGAAUUUUGUACUCAACCAAUGACAUGUACAACCCAUAAUUAUCUGCUUAGUCUUUGAAUGCAUUGGGGUCGACUAUGUCUAUGUAUGCAAACUGUCAAAAGAGUAAGGGUCCGUUCAAACAGACCGGCAUUUUUCUUUUCACACAGACCGGAGCCGGAGACCGGAGCAUGCAAUCGGACCCAAACGUCAAGAAAAAUUACGCGAUCGGAGCCGGUCGGCUCCUCUUAUUAUUUCACACCGAGCGCCUUCGAGCAUUCUUAAUGACAAAAGCAAUGCACAUCCAAAAAUAAACCUUACUACAAAUACUAAAAACUCGAUUUUCAACGUGUUAAGAAUUUGCUCUUCUCUCCGAGCCGGUCUGUCUGAGCGGCUAAAGACUAGGUACCUCUUUGUGCAUGUCACUGGCCGAUAGUACACAUGGAUUUUGACCCUUACAUGAAGGGAAUGUUUUAAAAAAAAUGAAAUGAAGAAGAAACGUUAGAAUUAUUAGUUGGUAAAUUAAAACAUUUUUGGAAUGAAGAAUAUUUUAGAGUAUUUUUUGUGGUUAAUAUUUCAGUUUGUUUUUGUUAAUAAAUUGACAGAAAAUAGUGAAAAUGACGAGUAAUAUAAAUGUAGGGUCUUCUUAUUUUAUAAAAACAGUAUAUACCGAGAUUAUUUAUGUUAUAAAUAUGUAGUGGUGUGUUUGGACAUUUUUUGUACUAUUUUUUAUUAUUUUCGUAUUUUUUGAAUACUUAUUUUUUACUUAAACAAAUUAGGUUGUGGAUUUAAAAAUAAUUAAAUGAUGGUAGUUUAGACUCUCAAAAGUACUUUUUAUUUUUAAACUUAUGUAUAGAAAAUUCAAAUGGUUGUUUUGUGUUCGAAGUUGGCUUGGCUGACUGAAUGGUAAAGCAUUGUUUAUAUGGACGAUCUGUCAUAUAACAAUGACAGUUGUUAGAAAAGAGACAUCGAAAAAAAAUCUUCCAGAUUUUAUAACAUUUUUUAUUAAAAUAAAAUGCGUAAUUGGUCAACCCUACAGGCGAUUUCGUAUCGAUCAAACUUUCCAGUCUCGUAUCAUCUUAUGCUAAGCUACUAAGGUUCUUAUUGUAAUAAGAUUAGACUAAAAUCGUAUGUAAAUGUAAAGUCGCGGGCGAAUCCAGUCAUUAUACGUAAUAUUAUAACUGUUCGUGUAUAGGUUUUCACCUUUGAAAGUGUCCAUUUCUAGUAGUUUCUUCGUGGAAUUUGUCUGUAGAUAUCCGGAUUUUAGGACGGAUCUUAAGAUCUGGAAAUCCGGAUGUUUGGCUGGCUGAGUUGUGAAAAAUUUUUGAGUGGUUUUUCGACUUGUUGAGACUUCAAACCUCUUGGUCUCAGGAUGAAGACCACAUCACCAUUUACAUGUGUCUUGUAAGAAUAUCUUUAACAUCUGGGUCGUUUUUAAAUUGAACUCACUAUACAUGUUUAACAGAGACGGAUCUAUUCACCCUGUAUAGCGUCCUCUCUUUACCACAUUAAUUAUUUCAGAUACCAAAAAAUAUUCAAGUCGAAGAAAAGUAAAUAUUGUACAGAUUUUGAUAUGUAUAAAAUUGUUCACAACUCAUUUAACACUAGUAAGUUUCACCGCUUCGAUCGCUGUCUGCAUUUAGCGCCGUGGUACCAAAAGUACCGCGCGUGGUACCAGAAGUACCGCGGUACCAAUCUGUUAAAAAUAUAAGUACAUUAGUAUAUAUCAUGUAUGUUUAAGAUAACGGUUAACGCAAUGUGUGACAUUGUUAAUUAAAAAAAUAUGGCUCUAGUUCUACGGACACGAUGGUUUUGAACUUUUAGUGUGGAGGCUAGUCGAGUUCUCGUAUAUCGAUAAAAUUUACCACACGAAGUUUUACUAUAAUAUGUAUACCAUUUGGGUAAGCUGUAUUCUUUAUAAGGUCAGCAUCCUUUCACUACCUUACUUCGAUACUUACACCAGAUUAUCUGAAAAUUAACAUUACCUUGACUGGUACUUAUUUGAAGGUGUCCCAGGCCAUAAGUCAUAGGAUACUAAAAAAUAUCUAAACUAGAAUACCUCUUACCCAAAGGGUUUUGUCCUACAGUGUAUUCGGCUAGCCUUCAACAUAAUGUGGGUACAAUCUUGUACUCAAAAUAUCUCUUCAUCGACAAUUCGUAGCACAUCUAUUUUAUGUUAGUCGCUGCUCAUUAUUAUACAAUACUUAAUUACAUUUAAUAUUUUAUACUUUAAGUAUAUCUACGACUGUGGUCUGAUCGUUUCCUUAGAACUUCUGGUUUUCAUGUUGCUGUUUUAAAUUGGGUGAUAUCGACAACACGGUUUAAUAAAAACCUAUAAAUAAGAGGAUCGAGUAUGAUAUGAUAUACUUACAAUAAUUUUAAUAAGAAUCACUAGACUUGUCUACAACAACAAGACAGAUCAGAUAUUAAUUUUUUGAAGUCUUAUAAUUGCCAAUAGAAAAAAAUAUCGAUAGAAUAUUUGACCAUCCCUAGUCUGCGUGUACAGUGUUGUCAUUAACCACCCAAUAGUGAAAAGUAACAAUUCUAUUAUGUAUUUUUGUACUAAUCGUAAACGAACACAUGAUUGGCGAAAUCCACAAGCAUUCCAGUUUUUUUAUAUAUUCGUGGAAUUCAUUUGUCAUAUCUAUAAAUAUUAGUGGACAUUCAGUUUGUGCAAAAAUCUCUUAGGAUUGAACUUUUUUCAAUAGUAUUUUUUUUUUGUGUAAAAACUAAUUUGUAAGACCACGCAGCCUAGUCUAACACUACUAAAAUUUUAGUAAAAAAAAAAAAAAAAAAACAGUCGAAACUACUCCCUUUUUAUGUCGGUUAAAAUAUGAUAACUUUUUUUUGGGAUAAAAUCAUAAUUUGUGUACAUGUAUUAUUUAAAAGUAAAUUGUAUUAUCUAGCGCAAACUGAAUGUUCGCCCUUUAUGUACUAACUAAUGGAUUUAUGUUUAAAUGUGUGAAGAAUAUUACCAGAUAUAUGCGUUGUUAAGAAUCGAGUAGGAUUAGAAAAACGCACAAUUUUGAUUCUAUUGUUUUUGAUAUUUUAAUAUUGUCUCGCAAGACCUAUAAAGUUGGCAAACCAAGAAAUAAUAUAGUUUGUCACAGCAAGAACUUCAAGUUGUCACCCACUAAUAAUUUGUUUGUAUUUUUUAUUUCAUAUACCGCUUAUGUCUGGUAAAAUUUAAUGUUAGAGUAAAGUAAAAUUGUCGUAAGUAAAGCUGUGAUCAGAUUAGGAGGUUGUGAUGGGAUAAGAGUGGGUUUACAAGGAUUUUUUAAAUAAUAAAAAAAUAUGCUUUUUAUUUUUUAAGAUUAGUAACUUAGCGCAAGUACCGAAUUUUGCUUUAAUGUAAUAACGAACAAGUUUAUUAUUCCUGCCAGCUUGAAUCCUGUGUCGCGUGGCCGUCGGCACGAAUUGUAUAUUUGUCAGAGAAAUGGCUCAGUAGGUACGUAGUUUGUACUGCGGUGACUGGCGGAUGCACUCUCGCGACAAAUGCCUCAUUGCCUGUUCUUUCCAAUAACAUUUAGGAAUACCCCUGUAUUUCGAAAUUGGAUUAGAAUUUAUAUUCUGUGGUGUUCAUUAUAUCUGUGCGUCCCACCGCUGUCAUCCAUGAAACUAAAGAAUGACAGCGUGUGACGAAUAGACCGUUAAUUUUACGAUUUUUUUAAUGUAACAAACUCAAAUCAUGACUAUAUUUUAUAGGCUCGAAAUGUGUUUAUAUUUUUUAAGUUUUAUUUCUUAUGACUGAAUAAUUAUUUACGCAUUGUUUUUUCUUUUUUGUAAUAUUAUGGUGACUGGUUCUCAAUCCAAUUUCGAUACGGCUGGGUUCCGAUUAAUAAUAUUGAAUUUGUUAGAUUAUAUUGUAAAGUAAGGUUUCCAUCCUGUAAUAUUGUGUCAUAACUAUUUGUGGUGACGUAACUGAUAUAAAUUGAAACGAAAUGUA